AAGGCAUCGGUUGCUGGUUCUCCUUCGGCCCGUCAUUUUGAUUCGCUGGCUUAUGGUAUCAAGCAGCUGGAAUCGUGGUGAAGCCCAAAGCCGAGGGAGUAGCACCACGUGGGACGCUGCCGUAGCUGACUGUCCCCGUCAUCCCAACAGUCCCACUCAUUGUCGUCACUUGGAGAGACAGGACUCCGCAGUCUCAAGACAACUACAAUGUCAAUCAUACCUCCAAAGCCGGCAAAGCGGCCGGGUAUGCCAAAGCUGAGCAUCCCUUCAAGUGAGUGACUCAGUGCGACAGGUCACUGCGGGGCUGCGAUCUCAGACCUCAGAUGCAUGGCCUCGCUCAUUUUUUUCUCUUCAGGGCCUUCCUCCGCAUCGACUGCAUCGCAGACGAACGACAGCACAUGGAGCUCGGGAAGAAAUUCGAAUAUUAAUGGAAGCAUCAGUGGAACGAAUGGCGCAACUGUCUCAGGUGCCCUAGCACUAUCGCUUGCGACGGGUCCCUUUGAGGAGAAUGACGGGUACGAAGGCUCUGCAGGCUUUAGCACCACCGUUGCAUGUGGCACUCAAAGCCUGUAUCCAGAUACGGUUCCGCAAGGCCAGCAACCGGGUGCGACAGACUUUACAGCGAUGACAAACGACCUGCGCCGAGCCAUUGGUGGGAUGCGCGUGGACGACAGCGCAAAGCGCAAUGGGAAAUCCUACCAGGAGGACGGAAUGAGCGCGGGCUCUAAUCUCAAGCUGCCUGUCGGACCCAAGCAAGGGGAGAAUGGAAUUGCAGGCCCGAGCAGGGUACCAGACGAUCUAGUGCUCGAGGGCAACCUUGAAAUCCUCGGGCGGCUUGGGGAAGGCGCAAGUGGUGAAGUCAAGAAAGCGAGGCACGUACCAACAGGAUUGUUGAUGGCCAAGAAAACCAUUGCAACAUCUCCAAAUCCGGCGAUUCACCGGCAGAUCCUGCGAGAGCUGUCCUUCAUUCGGACUUGCCACUCGGACCACAUUGUGCGCUACUACGGCGCGUUCCUGGAGGACGAGGACACGUCCAUUGCCAUCUGCAUGGAAUACUGCGAAGCUGGCAGUCUCGCGGCGAUCUACAAGCGAGUGAAAGCGAGGGGCGGGCGGACAGGUGAAAAAAUUCUUGGCAAGAUCUCAGAAUGCGUACUAAAGGGGCUUGGGUAUCUGCACGAGCGCAAGAUCAUCCAUCGAGAUAUCAAACCCUCCAACAUCGUCGUCACACGGCAAGGGCAGAUCAAACUGUGCGAUUUUGGCGUCUCUGGGGAGCUGAUUAACUCGAUGGCUGGCACAUUCACCGGUACGAGCUAUUACAUGGCUCCGGAACGCAUCCAAGGGCUUCCAUACACAAUCAGUUCAGACGUCUGGUCUUUAGGCCUCACGAUCCUCGAGCUUGCCUCAAACCGAUUUCCGUUUCCGCCUGAGGGCGAGCCGCCACUGGGGCCAAUCGACUUGCUCUCGUAUGUCAUAUCUAUGAAGGUACCAGAGCUGCAAGACGAUGAGAGCGUCGGUGUCAAGUGGUCCAAGGCACUUCGCGAUUUUAUCGCGCGCUGUCUUGAGAAGGAUGGGAUCAAGCGGCCCGGACCUAUCAAGAUGAUGAGUCAUCCUUUCGUCAAGAAGAGCCAAACGAGAGUCCCACAGCCGGACUUGGCCCGCUUUGUGGCGGAAGUGUGGGGCUGGCCGGAACCAGACUCACACGGGAGUGUGUCGACGCACAACACGCCGACAAGUACGGAACCGCUUCUCCCAAUCGGACGAACAUUCAGCCUACGGCAGGCGCCGAAACCAAGCGAGCAAGUUGGAGUUGCAGAGGCGCGGGCGCAAGCAGCGGCACCCUCCACCUCAUCCUCUUCCAUCUCUGCGCGCCCGGCGCCAGAUGCCCCAACUCGACUCAGUGUUGCGGGCCUUGGUCCCGUUAACCUUCGCGACCUGGAGGGCCGCACAGCAGCAGAUCGCACAGCCGCAAAGAUGCGUGAAGCGGAUCUCGGCUUGGUCGGAAGUCCGACAGAGGAGUACACAGAACCCCAUUUCAACGAGAACUCUUAA